AAACAACGGCGGGGACGGUUCACUUUAGUCUCUCUCUCUCUAGAAGCGUUUUCUUUUCUUUUUUAUUUUUUUUCUUCGUUUCAAAUUUGCUUUACAUCCAGCUACAGAGUGCUGUUUUUUCUCCCUCUCUAUCUCCCUCUGCACGAAAGAGAAGGGAUUUUUAUUCUAUUUUCUUAGGUCUUCAUAUACACAUAACCUAGUACAGUUUGUGCAAAACCAGUUGGUGGUUUUGGGUCUAUUGAGUGUCUAUCUCCCCCUCUCUCUCUCUAUUUUUUUUUCUUUCAUUUUUUCCAAGAGAGAGAAAAAAACACUGUUGGAGUUUGGUGGUACAAGGUUUUGCUUCUACUAUAAAAAGAUGAUGUAUUGCUUGGAUUGGUUUCCCAUACAUAAAAUGUGUAACUGCAGAUUUCAGCUCUUCCUGUCUCUUUAAGUAUAAGUGUAUGACCAUAUAACUUUCUGUGUAUGCUUCUAUGCCACUGCAUGUUAGAGAUCAGUAAAGAAGAUCUAUAUGACCGUAUAACUUUCUGUGUAUGCUUCUAUGCCACUGCAUGUUAGAGAUCAGUAAAGAAGAUCUAUCUGGGUUUCUUAAGGAAAUGAGAAUUGAAGCUGGAGAUGUUUGAUUUCUAUAGUUAAAGGCAGCUCUUUUGCAAAAAAAAUUUGUAAAAAAGAGAAAGAUUCAAACUUGUUGAGCUCAUAAAUGGAUUGAGAUAGAGGGAGCAGCCCAUUAUGGCCGCAAUGUUAAAAGCAUUAGCUCCUGGGCUGCUGUUGAUUUUUUUAUUCCUGAUAUCAGCAUCUGCGAACGACAACGAAUUUUCACGAUGUAAUUGUGAAGAUGAGGGCAGUUUAUGGAGCAUAGACAGUAUUCUUGAGAGCCAAAGAGUGAGUGAUUUCUUGAUUGCUGUGGCCUAUUUUUCAAUCCCUAUUGAGCUGCUGUACUUCGUUAGCUGCUCAAAUGUCCCAUUUAAAUGGGUUCUCUUUGAGUUCAUUGCUUUCAUUGUUCUAUGUGGAUUGACCCAUUUGAUCAAUGGCAUGACCUAUGGCCCCCACACAUUUCAGCUUAUGCUUGCCCUAACUGUCUUCAAGAUAUUAACUGCUCUGGUUUCUUGUGCCACUGCGAUUACUCUUUUCACUCUCAUUCCUUUGCUUCUCAAAGUGAAGGUGAGAGAAUUCAUGUUGAAGAAGAAGGCAUGGGAUCUUGGUCGUGAAGUUGGGAUUAUAAUGAAACAGAAAGAAGCUGGGUUGCAUGUUCGAAUGCUUACUCAAGAGAUUCGAAAAUCGCUUGAUAGACAUACGAUUCUGUAUACUACCCUUGUUGAGUUAUCAAAGACAUUGGGGUUGCAAAAUUGUGCUGUUUGGAUGCCUAAUGAAAUCAGAACCCAGAUGGACUUGACUCAUGAGUUAAAUAGAGGUAAUUAUUUGAGUUCAGAUAAUCUUUCAAUUCCAAUCACUGAUCCUGAUGUUCUUAGGAUUAAACAAAGUGAAGCAGUAAACAUGCUUAGGCCUGACUCUGCACUUGCUGCUGCAAGCCAUGGGGAGUCUGGUGAGCCAGGGCCUGUAGCUGCAAUUCGAAUGCCGACACUUCGUGUCUGCAAUUUCAAAGGAGGGACUCCUGAGAUAAUUGAGGCCUGUUAUGCAAUAUUGGUGUUGGUUCUCCCAGGUGGACAACCCAGAUCUUGGACCAACCAGGAAGUAGAGAUAAUUAAGGUGGUAGCUGAUCAGGUGGCUGUGGCUCUCUCCCAUGCUGCAGUUCUUGAAGAGUCCCAGCUUAUGAGGGAGAAGUUGGAGGAGCAAAACCGAGCUCUACAACAGGCCAGAAAGAAUGCAAUGAUGGCAAGCAAAGCUAGGGGUGCAUUUCAGAAGGUAAUGAGUGAUGGGAUGAAGAGGCCAAUGCAUUCGAUCUUGGGUUUGAUUUCAAUGAUACAGGAUGGGAAUUUGAGUGGUGAGCAACGAAUUAUUGUUGAUGCAAUGAUGAGGACUAGCAAUGUCCUAUCAACGUUGAUAAAUGAUGUGAUUGAAAUUUCAACAAAGGAUAGUGGAAGAUUUCCAUUGGAGAUUAGAUCUUUUGGGUUACAUGCCAUGAUCAAAGAAGCAGCUUGCCUUGCCAAAUGCUUGUGUGUUUAUAGGGGCUUUUGUUUUUCAAUUGAGGUUGACAAGUCCCUGCCGGAUCAUGUUAUGGGCGAUGAAAGGAGGGUUUUUCAGGUGAUUUUACAUAUGGUUGGGAACCUACUUGAUCACAACAAUGGAGGAGGGUCUGCAGUGCUUCGGGUUUUCUCUGAGAAUGGAAGUCAGGAGAGGAAUGAUCAGAAAUGGACAGCGUGGAGGCAAAGCAUUUCUGAUGGGGAUGUAUAUAUCAGAUUUGAAUUUGCAAUAAACAGUAGUGUUUCUGAGUCAGAGGGCUCAACUUCAAUGUCGCAACUUAGUGGUAAGAGGUAUGCCAGUGACGGUGUUGAGGAGGGCUUGAGCUUCAGCAUCUGCAAAAAGCUGGUCCAUUUGAUGCAGGGUAAGAUCUGGAUGGUGCCCAAUUCUCAAGGCCUUGCUGAAAGCAUGGGGUUUGUUCUUCGGUUUCAGCUUCGACCAUCCAUAUCAAUAGCCAUCUCUGAAUCUGGAGAAUCCUCAGAGCACCCACAUUCCAACUCUCUGUUCAGAGGUUUGCAGGUUCUAUUAGCUGAUGCUGAUGAUUUGAACAGAGCUGUGACUCGGAGGCUGCUUGAGAAGCUAGGUUGCAGUGUUGCUACUGUUUCAUCUGGGUUUGACUGCCUUAGUGCUAUUGGUCCAGCUGCAUCUUCUUUCCAAAUAGUUCUUUUGGAUCUUCAGAUGCCUGAGUUGGAUGGAUUUGAAAUUGCUGUGAGAAUCCGGAAGUUUAGAAGUCGAAGUUGGCCUUUGAUCAUUGCCUUGACAGCAAGUUCUGAUGACGAAGUGUGGGACAAAUGCAAGCAGAUUGGAAUCAAUGGAGUCAUUCGGAAACCAGUUGUUCUACAAGGAAUUGCCAAUGAGCUACGAAGAGUCGUGCUUCUGGCAAACAAGGCUGUUUGAUGACACUUGCGCAAGACACAAAACUGCUGUAGCUUUGAUUCUUUCAGAGCAGUUUGGGGGUCGCAAUUGAAUAGCCAGCCAAUCGUCUAGUAUAGAGAUGGUUACAUAUACAACAUUUACAGUUACAACGAUAUACAAAAUUAGCUCGCCAUUUUCUUGAUU